AUGUAUCUGCCACCCGCGAUCGCAUCGCGGGACCCUGAGGCUCUUCCUGAGGUUCCGAGGCUCUUUGGCGCAUUCGCACGACAUCCUCUCUGGGGACAGUGGGCAGGAUACGGCAGGGCGUACGCCGUACGCAAGGCUACGAAACAUCCUCCCGAAGACGAGACGUGUGCAGAUAAAGGAAAGCGCAAUGAUGGCAGAAACGACACCCAUAUCCCCGCCCUCCGCCGCCCCCUCCUCCGCAUCCGCUACAAACGACCCCCGAUUUCCCCGAUAUCCCGUCAGUCCACCUUCCCGCACAAAACCAGUGCAGCCGUUUCCACGCGCACACCAUAUAUCGACACGAGCACGCCUGCGAUAAAUGCUGCGCCCGUGGAGCUGGAUAGUAUCCCUGCGAGCCCGGGCCCCGUACAACGACGGGCUACCGAAGAGGAGAAGGACAGGAAAGGAAAUGUAGUCAGCCCUGGACUCGGAGAAGUGGACGAGGCUGAAGCUGAACUCCUUGGGGAGGGCGGGAAGAGUGGCAGGGGCGAGGUUACACAGAAGAGGGCAGCUAUGCUCGCAAGACGUGGCAAGGAUCCCGGCGUUAUUGUGGAUUUGCCGAAGGAGCCUACGGCGGAGGAGGUGCUUGCUGCGAAAGCGACGGAGGGGGUGACAACGCCGGCGGUGGAGAGGCGGUGA